AUGCCAACCCCCCACCCCCACCCCUCGACACCGAUGACCUACACCCUCAACUUCACCGGCGACGUCAUGCUCGCCCGCCUCAUCGACCAACUCUUCCCAACACACCUCCACAGUCCCCACUACGCCAACGUCAUCAAAACAUUCAUAGAACGCUACCCCUACCUCUCAAAAUACAACCACAAGUCGCCGUGGGGCAGUGCGCUGGAGUUGUUUCGGCGGGGGGAUCUGAAUCUGGUGAAUCUGGAGACGGCGGCCACGGAGGGGGUGGAGAAGUGGCCGAAGAAGGUGUUUAAUUAUAGGAUGCAUCCCGAGAAUCUCGGUGUGUUGGGCGAGGGGAGGGUUGAUUUUGUGGCGCUGGCAAAUAAUCAUACGUUGGACUUUGGGGAGAGUGGGCUUAGAGAUACUAUCAAGGGAGUGAGAGGGGUGGGUGUGGAGUUCGCUGGUGUCGGGGAUAGUGCUGUGGAGGCGAGAUUGCCGGCUGUUUUGCAGCUUCCGAGGGCUUCUGCAGAUGGUAACAGUCACGGCGACGGAGUGAAGCACACGGUACAUGUAUACUCAGCCUCCGACCACCCCCGCGACUGGUCUGUCAUCCCCGAAUUCCACCUAAUCGACUACACCCCCUCCACAAAACAGCACCUGAAAACCCUCCUCACCACGCCCCCCGACCCCCAAUCCCAAUCCCAGACAGCACAGCCAGAUCUUAAAAUCUUCUCCAUCCACUGGGGCCCGAAUUAUACCUGGCAACCCUCCGCUCACAUCCGCGACAUGGCGCAUUUCCUCAUCGACGAGUGCGGCGUUGAUAUCGUGCAUGGGCACUCUGCGCAUCAUAUCCAGGGCGUUGAGAGGUAUGGGCGUGGCGUGAUUAUGUACGGGUGCGGGGAUUUCGUGGAUGAUUAUGCGCUGAACGAGGAGUUUAGGAAUGAUUUGGGGGGUAUUUGGCGUGUUGUCGUUAACACCAACACUAACAAUGAUAGUAGUGGUGGUAGGAAAGGAAAAGGGCUGGUGCUGGAUCGGUUGGAGAUGUAUCCCACACGCUGUGAUCGGUUUCAGGUUACGUUGUUGGAUGUGGAUGAUGAGGAUCAUGGAUGGGUUAGGAGGAAAGUGGCCAAGUUGAGUGAGGAGAUGGGAACUAGGGUUCGGCGCGAAUUGGGGAGGGAGGGGCAGGUUAUUGUUGAUUUGAGGGAUUAG